CGGCCGCGACCUUCCCGAAUCUCGACUCGAGUAUCUAUCUCCCUCUCUCCUCUCCCCCUCUCUCUCGCACAUAUACACAGACUUGCAGAGAUACGGAUUUCUUUGUCGUCUUUAAUUUCAAAUCUCGGCGCCUCAGCUGAGCUCAGUGGGCUGGCGGCUUUGCUUUGCUCAUUGCUGAAGUCUCUCUCAGAUUCUCAGUUGCCGCUGCAUUCAGUAAUUCCUAAUUGACGGUUUCAACUUACCCAGAGGAGAUAACCCAUGCUAUGGAGACUGAGGAUUUAACCAAACUUCCCGCUUCCAGUAAUUCUGAACAUGGAAGUGAGAAUGAUGAUCAAUAUGAAUCUGGUUGUGAAGCCAUUAAAUCUGAUUCUCCACCUCUAAAUUCUGAGGCACUGGAUGAGAUUAAUGGGGAUGCCACUGGAACCAUGCUGGGUGGUGUACAUGAAAAUAUUGGAGCUUCGACAAUGACCGACUGCAAAAAAGAUGCAGGAAACAGCACCCGUGUGCUGCCGGUUGGCUUUGAAUUUACAGAAUCAGUUGCUGUAGUAGAAAAUAUAUCUGUCAGCUCUGUGCAUGUUGAAAAUGGAUCUCCAGCUGUUAAAAGUGAAAUCAGUUUGAGCAAUCAUAAGAAUGAUGAAACCUCUUUAGGUAAAAGGGAGAUAGGUACUGCUGGUUCUUUAUCUGGUGUUAAGAGACCCCGAAUAGCACUUGAUGAGCAGCAACCUUCAGUGCAUGUAAUCUAUAACUCUUUGCCCAGAGAAAGUAAACAAAAGCUCGAAGAGCUAUUACAGCAGUGGUCUCGGUGGCAUUCACAAAGCUGCUCAACAUCUGAUGAUUCGAAUUUAGUGCUGGAAUCUGGAGAAGAGACUUACUUCCCAGCUCUCCGUGUUGGCUUGGAUAAGCCUUCUGCAGUAACCUUUUGGGUGGAUAACCAAACAAAGAUACAGUCAAGUAAGGAGUUCAUACCAUUGGAUGGCACUUCUGUUCCUCUCUAUGAUCGUGGAUAUUCUUCAGCUUUGACUUCAGUUGAUGGUUCCAGCGGUUUGGACGGAGGAGUGGAGAAACUGGAGACCUCCCGUUGUUUUAACUGUGGUUCAUACAGCCAUGCACUGAAAGAUUGCCCUAAGCCACGUGAUAAUGUUGCUGUCAAUAGUGCUCGGAAACAGCACAAAUCCAGACGAAAUCAACAUGUUAACUCUCGUAAUUCGACUCGGUAUUAUCAAAGUUCUCGAGGAGGAAAAUAUGAUGGCCUGACACCGGGUGUGCUUGGUGCUGAAACACGAAAACUUUUGGGCCUUGGGGAGCUUGAUCCACCUCCAUGGCUUAACAGAAUGCGGGAAAUCGGGUAUCCACCUGGCUAUUUAGAUCCAGAUGUUGAGGAUCAGCCUUCAGGGAUUACAAUUUUUGGUGAUGAGACAAAUCAUGAAGAAGGUGAAGAAGGGGAAAUUCUUGAUAGCUACAUGGAGCCACCUAGGAAAAUGACUGUUGAAUUUCCAGGGAUAAAUGCUCCAAUCCCAGAAAAUGCUGAUGAAAGACUCUGGGCGCCAGUCUCUUCAACUGUUAAUCCAUCUAGCGAGCACCCCCACCACAGAGAUAAUCACUCAUCUGAACAUCUCAGAGGACACUACUAUACCGAGCAAAGGAAUAAUCACUCAUCAGAAAAUCUCAGCAGAGGACACUAUUACACUGAGAAAAGGUGGUUUGGGGAAAUGGAAGAUGAUGGCCCUCCUGGCUGUGAACCUGGAACUAGCCCUUCUCUAUCAAAUCAUUUCCGUAGACAUGGUGAUUAUGACUCUAGUCACCACUCCCAAAGUCCACAAACGAGUCAAUCGAUACCUUGGAGCCCUAGUAUUGGCAGAUCCUUCUCAGACAGAGGUAGAAAAAGCCCUCUAGUACAGGAUCGUUAUGGUUCUUCAAACUAUGGUCAUUAUGGUACUUUCCCAUAUUCAUCUCCCAGAUAAGACUGCGUCCAUAAAACUUCUUGAACGUAUUUGGUUAGUGGCUGGAUAGUGACAGCUGUCCUUUGUAUUCGGUUCUAUCACAAAUCAUAAGUAAGGGACAGCAUAAUCCUUCAUCCGAGGAGUCAGAAAGCAUAAAAAGGGAAGAUUCCUCGCAUUUUGAACUGCGGAUGGCUGUUGGGAUGAGAGAGCAUCUGCAGAUAGCUACGAGGUAUAUUUCUCGUUGGUGUAAUUUUGAGCACAGCUGUUCAUGUGAAGAUGUCUAAGCAAUUCUGGCUGCGGGUACAUUGUACAUUUGGCAUCUUGGGACUUGUUAUAUGAGAGCUGCGAAAGACAUGCAUUCUCCGAAUUGUACAUUGUACAUUUGGCAUCUUGGGACUUGUUAUAUGAGAGCUGCGAAAGUCUCCGAAUUGUCUCGUGGUAAAC